CCCGCCCCGGGCCCCCCGCCUCUGCGCCCCGGAGCCCCCCGGAGCCCUGGCCCCCGCGCCCCACCGCUUAGCAGCAGCUGAUGGCGCCGCAACCGGGCCGUGCGCUGCGGAUCCCUGAGCGCAGCUAGCGCGGGGGAAGAGCUCUUUCCUAGACCCAGCGAGGCCCGGGCCCGGCCCGCCGGCUCCCUCGGGUCCGCAGGUGGGGCCCAGGACUGGGUUGCCAUGGAUACCGUGUCCCUAGAGCAUCAGAUCCAGAGCGUACAACGCCACAUCAGCUUCCUGAAAAAGGAGCAGAUGGCUCUGCUCCGAGACCUGCACCUGGAGAUCCUGAGGCUGCAGAAGCGCUGCUCAGAACUGACCCGUGACCUGGAAAUGAGAGAGGUUCAGUCUCACCAGCAAGAAGAGGUGUCCCGGGAGCUGGAGAACAAGUGCCGCGCACUAGAGUCUCAGUUGGAGGCACGAGCGGCUGCCAACGCGGAGCUGCGAAGGGAGGUGGCGCAGCGGGAGGCGCUGGUGUCUGCGCUGCGCUGCAGCCUGCGCUCAGAGGAGCGCCGCUUUCUGGAGGAGCUGCGGCGCCGCAGUCACCGCGCCACCGUGCUGGGCACCGAGCUGCAGAAGCACACCGAGGCGGCCGCCUACCUCUCCUGCCAGCUGCACGCCGCGCGCCAGAGACUGCAGGCCCCGCGCCCCGGCGCCGCUGCCGCCGAGCCCCGGCCCCGCCGACGCGCACAACGGGCCCGCCGCCCUCCUGAGGCGGUUGCCAAGGGGCCGGGCCGGGACUGGGCGACCUGGGACGACGCCGAUCCCAUGCCGGACCCCGCGCUCUUCCUAUACCCACGGAGGCCGCCGCGACUCAGCGCUCGCGGUCCGCGCCCUCUGCCACGCCAGGAGCUGCUGGACCAAGAUGCCCCGCACCCCAUGUCACACCAGGAGUCCCCGGACCAAUGCGGCACGCAUCCUGAGCCCACUGAUUGCUCGGAUGCCAUGCCCAGCGCCCUAGGGGAUUCUGAGUAGGCGCAGGGCAGGCAGUGGCGACUGAGAAGGCAGGCCCGGCUGGGCGGGAUCAGGGAUGGGGCGGGAUCCAGCAGGCAGAUCCGCCCCAACUCCGCCACCCACUAGAGCUGCCCCCGCUUGUGUGUUUCCCCAGAUGAGCUACCCGCUCCGGAGCGCACUUUUUUUGUGGUAGACUGGCAGUAAUAGCCCUAAUCCGGGUCCCACCCAGCCCCUGGCAGGGGGAGGAGCGGGGUCUUGUCUCCCUGGAAAGCUGACAAUCCCUUGUAGGACCUACAGGAAGGAACACGGUGGCACUUGGCACCGCUAGGCCUGCAAGCUCCCCUUUCCUGCUUUCUCACCCCCAGCCUUGUGUUCGGGAGAGGCAAGUUUAGGAGCUAGCUCGUGUACUCGGAAGUAGCUACUCCCCACCCCACCCCACUGAUAAGUCCUUGAAGGUGAGCAGGAACACUUUACAAUCUGUUUUAGAAAUCACGUCCCCUCAGAGCCUCUGGGUUCCUGGUAGCAGUAAGCAUAGACCCUUGGAGCGGGUUGUGGAAGAGGAACUGCUUGGGUCUUCCCAGGUCUGCCAUGUAGGGGUGCAGGAGAUAGGCAAGCUGGGGCUCAAAUUUUGGCAAGGGCUGAAGGGUCUUUCGCCUUCAGUUCUUGGGGCCGCCUCAGAGACUUCCCAGUCCUGUUAUAGGUGCUAAUCUUGCCCAGCUUUCCAAGCAGCUGGCUGCACCCAGAAGCAGGAAGGAGGGCCUGGCCUCUUGGAAGUGGCAGCUAUCCAUAGAAAUUUGAUUUGCUGGGGAGGAACGUGGAUACCGGUUAGUCCUCGGCGGUGCCCACCCCUGGAAAGGCCCUUAAGCCCAUAGAACCUGCUGGUGGUAGGUUGGUCCUAUGCUCUCCCUCUUAGUUGGGAAUGGCAAACAGAGAACAGAAUGUUGGCACUUCCCUUUCUUCCCAGUUCCCCUUACUACCAAAGGCAGGAAGAAGCUUCAAUCCAGUCCAUCAUAGGCCCCAUACCAGAGCCCCGCUCCGUCACUCUUGAUCUAACCUGCACUGAGUCUUAAGUGCCUGAGAGGUCUUCCCUGGGGUUGCUGAGCGGGGAUGCAGAGGGGAUUCCUCACUUCACUUGGACACCGGGCCCUGGCAGGUCCUUCCUAGCCCUGACUAAGGUAUACCACAUUGUGUGUGUCACCCAAGGUCUUGAGGUGAGCAGAGUCAGCCUUUGUAGUUCACAAACUUCUCCAGUCAUGACCACCAGACAGAAAAAGAACUUUCGGUUCAUACCACCCACUCUAAGAGGAAGCAGGAAUCUCACAGGAAGCAGAAGGCAGUGAGCAGUGAGCACAUUCCAACCCCAUUCUACACACAGACCCCUCCCUGCUCUCUCCUUUCUAAUGGACAGCUAAGGCCACUGAGCAAUGACCAGGGCUGAGCUCUCUAAUUCCUGGGUUGGAUGGCAGAAGUAGAAUCCCUACUAGGCCCCAACUGCUACCCUUCACUCCAGGGGCAGUACCUGUACCAUUUAUCUCCAUUUUGUGUGACUCACUGCCCUAUCCUGCCACACUCCCCACCUGGAACCUGCCUGUGUGAGUACUCACUCUACUCCCUUGAAGGUACCCAAAGGCCACUGGGAGGGGAAAGGCCUCUUUCUCUAGGAGCCUAUGCAGAUCUACAUCUCUUAUAACCAUACUUUUGGGGUGAACAGGGUGACUGUUGAUUUUUCUAGAGAGAGUCCUUUCUAAUCCCAUUCAUGCACUAAAAGCCAUAGCUACCCUGACUAGCUUCCCUUUAAACUAUAGCAAUAGCCCUCUUCUUUUCCCUUCUGGGCACCCAGGAUGUUCAGCUUUCUCCAUCACACCCCAUCCCCAGGGAUCCGAUAGUAACCCGCCUAUCUUUCCUUCCAAAUCCUGUUCCUUUUCCAACAGCCAGAGAUAAUGAUACUUGUUUGUGGGGUGCUUGAAGAUCUCCCAGGUGAAAGGGUCUAAGGGCAUCUGACUCCUACUCGAGAUCUUGGGGUGGGGGAAGGAAACAAUGCAGCUCUUCAGGAGUGAGGGAAUGAUGAGAGGGCCUAGGCAGAUACAGGAUUCUCCUUUCCUCUUCCUCUUCUGGAGAUAAUAGAAAGCUCCCUUCAGGACAGGCAAGGACUCCCUCAGCCUUCCCAGUCCGGGACAAGCCAUGCCCUUUGUUCCAGUCCUUCCUGGACCUGGCUACAGGAAUCCACCUGGUCAAAGGAAAAGUACCAGUGUGGGUCCAGGAAUGGCCCGGUGGUAAGAAAGGGAAAGACCAUUUCAUUCCUCUUUGCUGUAUACAUCCUCAUUGAGAGACUGAAAUGGUUCUUACAGACACUCAUAAGAGUAGGGCUCCUGCCACAGUGUAAGAAUAGACAGACCCAGAAGGGAAGACUGCAUUGCAGUCCUACAUUCUAGAAGUCAUACAGGAAUGAGUGAGCAAUUCAGUAUGGGGCUCUGAACCCUUUGUUCCUGUGUCCUUGCCAAGGCAACCUGUUCUUUGGGGACCAGUUGUGGCCCAAGAUGGGGUAGCUCAUCCUUAUGCAAGCAGCAGGAUAGAGUUGUUCUGGAUGGAGAUGGAAGGGAAGGAGAGCAGAGGGUAUGGAGCAUCUUCUCAUUUAGGGGGCCAGGCGUCUCCUAAGCACCCUUUCAUAGUGAUGUACCAGCCUCGAAUGGGAUACGUGCAGGGCAAAUGGAUCCUGCUCCAAAUUCUCUGUUGGCUGCGCUUUUUAAUCCAAUGCUUUUCUGAGUGUAUUCACUCACCUACAGAAAUAGAGCCCUGUGCUUUAGGGGUGACUAUCAUAUGCCUUAUUCUUAAUAAAACGUUUGGAAAACA